AUGAAAACAAUCGGUAUAAUCGGCGGCUGCACUGACCUGGCAACUGUGGAAUACUACAAGCUAAUAAAUAUGCACAUUCGCGCAAAGCUUGGAGGGUUAAACACUGGCGAAAUCAUCAUUAAUUCGAUGAAUUUCGAGCGCAGCGCCCAUUACGUGAGAAAUGGGCUCUGGGAUGAAGGAGCGGAGUACUUGCAUCAAAAAGCACUAAGCUUAGAGAGGGCCGGGGCUGAUUUUAUCAUCUGUGUUGCGAAUACAUGGCAUCGAGUUUCUGAGGUAUUUAUGAAGGGCGUUAAAAUCCCGCUCUAUCACAUCGUUGAUCCAACGGCUCAAGCGAUACUUAAUAUUAAACUACACACUGUCGCUUUACUAGGGACUAAGGCCACCAUGUCCUCGGAUUACCUACCCAAUGAAUUCACAAGCCGCUUUGGAAUAAAUAUCAUCAUACCGGUAAACGAAGAACAGACUUAUAUUGACGAUGUCAUCUUUAACGAACUCGCUAAGUCUCAGUUUACUGAGAAAUCUAGACAAGGUUUCCUUAGUAUCGUUGAUAAACUGGUUGCUCGAGGAGCACAGGGAGUAAUUUUGGGAUGUACAGAGAUUCCGCUCCUCAUUGAACAAAAAGAUCGACCCGAUAUUCCACUGUUUAAUACUUUGGAGCUCCACGCUCGGGCUACAGCAGAAAAAGCAUUAUCGGAUUAG